AUGGAGGGAGCUGCGGAUGGCGUGCGUGUGACGGUGGAUGCGGCAUGGAGCGACGACCGGAAGGUGCUCUGCUACCUCGAAGAACCCGCCAAUCCUGCCGCCGUCACCGAGCAGCUCGAAACGGAGAAGGACGCGCAGGAGCUGUUCACGCAGCGAGCGCGGCAGGUGGACUUUUUCAAGUACGAGAAGGGCCGCAGCGGCAAGGGCGAUGAAGAGGGCGCCGAGGCGCGGACCCGGGAAGCACAGAAGAAGCGCGAGGAGCGCAUGCGCCUCGAAGCCACUCGCCGCGACGCCAUCUUCGCACGCAUGCGGCAUGCGAUGGGCGAGAUGGAGCUCAUGUUUGGGUUCAUAGACAUGGCCCAGCGCGGGGAGCACCUCGCCACGGCCCUCAUCCAGAAGCAGCCGCCUCCGGUCUCGCGGGCGGUCGAUUCGCAGGCCUUCACCAUCCUCGCCAAGCAGAAGCAACUGGAGAAGGCGGCGACGGACCUGACGAAGGCGGCGACCCGUCUGCGGACGCUGGUGGCGAGGGAGAAGCGAUACAACGACGAGAUCCUCACCCUCCGCAAGGAGGUGAAGCUCCGCGGCCGGCCGCCCCGCGCCAUCGUGGCCGAAUACGCCAUCCCCUGCAGCGGCAGCAGUGCCGAUGCGUGUGAGGUGGAUUUGCGGAAGACGCGCACGGGCGAGGUUGUAGUGCACAUGGCCCCUUCGCGCGUCGACAAGUCGCUGCGAAUCCUCACCACCCACCAACACUCCACCUACUCCCUCCCGCUUGCUUCUCAAGGACGAGAAGACGCCGAGGAGGCGACCGGCGCCACCGCCACGAUCGCGCUCCUGUCGCGCGCCCUUCGAUCUCAGUUCUGCGCCGAACUCUUCCGCGAGCUGUCGGAGGGCGUGUCGGAGGCGACGCGCCAGGGCCACAAGUCGGAGUGGUGGUGGUCCAACCACGCCCACGUGUUCGAGAACGAGAUCACCUUCUACGACGCCACCAUCCGCGCACGCCCGCUCUCCAUCCGCCUCGCCUCGUCCCGCACCGCCCCUCCCGAUGGUACGGAGUGGGUGGAGGGCAUGGGCGAGGAGGACGCGCUGGCCGUGCACCACUACGACGAAGACGAGCACAAGGACGGGGAGGGCAACAUCGCCGACACCCUCACCGUCCUCCUCUUCAAACUCUGGCGACAACACCAAGACCAGCUGCUCCGAUUGCAGAUCAAUCCGGCGCCCCCGACUCCGCCCUCGCGAAGAGUGGGAAUUCGGAUGGCCAACGCGCUGUUCGACACGUUCCGGCACCACUGCCUGCGUCAGCGCCUGCACGCCCGUCUGAGCGCCCUCUGCGCAUCGACGCCCUUCCUCGCCACCCACUGGUUCCUCUCGCCCAAAUCGCCCACCGUCUCCUCCUUCAACGUCCUCUUCGCCUCCAGCUUGGUUGUGCACGUAGUCGUGGACGGCACCAAGAUCGUGUGCGGAAGCGCCAAGCCUAUCUUCUCCGACGAAGAGUUCAUCGAGUACCUGCUCAUGCAGCUCUCCCACCGCCUGCUCGGCGAUCUACAUCAGGCGGCCAUGCAAGAGGGGCGCCCGGUGGAGAAACGCGACCUCUCGCUGCUCUUCCAGUCACUCGCCGACAAGGCCACCACCAUGUACUCGCACCAGCUGCAGAUCAUGCAGAAGGUGAUGAUCGCCGAGGAGGACCACGCGACUGCGACUGCUUCUGCUGCCGCAGGGCGCGGCAGUGCGGGCAAGGAGCCGGGCGCCGGGGACAAGCCUGCUGCCAUCGGCGGCCGAGGCGCGACGGCGAGCCAAAGUGUGGUCACGUCGCACCACUUCUUCCCGCUGACCACCGCGUUGGGCGGGGCUGCGGGUGGCCUGCCGGCCUCGUCGAGGAGCCGCAGAGACGCCACCUACGCCGUCGUCCUCCAGCGCUGGCUGCACCUGGCCGCCACCGAGCGGUGA